CAUGGCUACGCACUUAUUACAAUCCCACCUCCUUCCCCGCUCAAAGUAACCUUAUUACUGUCCAUACCAAAGGCACACUUCUCUACUGAUGAAGAAUCAUUUGUUCACUCUCGGUCUGCUUUUGUAAGAUUCCACAAAAUCUCUGUGAUCGAGUACCUAAACGGUUAAGCCCCGAAGAAUUAAGAACAGAACCGGUGUGCUACUUUGUGGUGAUUAGAAGGGGAAAAACAAAAGGGGCCAAAAAAAAAAACAGAGUAGGCGUUUCAGAGAUAGAUCAGAAAGGAAAGUAGGAGAGGCUGAAGAAAGGUAUAAUAGUGCGAGAGAGAGAAUUAGAGAAACAAAGAAGAAAGAGAGAAAAAUGGUGGGCUCAGGAGGAUCAAUAUCAGAUAGAAGCAAAGAAGCUGUUGGGAUGAUGGCACUUCAUGAGGCCCUCAGAAGCGUCUGUCUCAACUCAGAUUGGACUUAUUCUGUCUUCUGGACCAUACGUCCUCGCCCGUAUAUGCUUUUCUCUAAGACUCAGAGGUGGUAAUGGAUGCAAGGCUGUGGACGAUAACGGCAGCUUGAUGUUGAUGUGGGAAGAUGGGUUCUGUCGUGGAAGAAUCUCAGAUUAUCUGGAAGACAUUAACAACGGAGAAGAAGAUCCUGUCAGAAAAGCAUUCAGCAAAAUGUCAAUCCAGUUAUAUAAUUAUGGAGAAGGGCUGAUGGGCAAGGUAGCAUCUGAUAAGUGUCACAAAUGGGUAUUCAAAGAAGCCUCAGGAAGUGAACCAAACGUGUCCAAUUACUGGCAGAGUUCGUUUGAUGCUCUUCCACCAGAAUGGACUGACCAGUUUGAAUCAGGUAUCCAGACAAUCGCUGUGAUUCAAGCUGGGCAUGGACUCCUGCAGCUUGGUUCUUGCAAGAUUAUUGCUGAAGAUCUUCAUUUCGUUUUGAGAAUGAGACACACGUUCGAGUCUCUAGGAUACCAAUCUGGGUUUUAUCUCUCCCACCUCUUCUCUUCAACCAGAAACCCUUCCUCCUCCGCCUCUGCUGUCGCCACUGCCAUUCAUUCGCCGCCUUCUCUCCUUAAUUGGUCCCACCAUCGGCCGCCACUCCUCCCUCCUGCAACCACUUCCAUUAUCUCCUCUCCCGCCAACUUUCACAGAGACCAGACCCACCUUUUCCUCCAUAACCAUCUCUUUGAUCAACCCCUGCCGAUUGGAGGGCAUGAAAAUGACCUUGGAUGGCAGGAUGGGUUGUCGUUUCUCAACCCAGACUCGAACCCUAGUACUGCAAGUGAGUUCUUGAGCUCUGAUGGCACGAAGCAUGAGAGGAAGACGAACAAGUUCAAGAGGAGCCUUACUUUACCUUCAAGAAUAAUGGCUUUGUCUUCUUCUUCGUCGUCUUCUCAACAUCAGCUACAGCAACAGCAACAGCAGCAACCUGUGGCUUACAGGAAAUCUGAAGAAGGGCCAUACCAGGAUGUGAUUGGGAACUUUUUGGAAUAAUGGUGAAGGGGAAAAGAGGGUAAUUGAUUCACAACAUAAUGAUGAGAUUGAUGAUGAGGAUCUAGGUUGUAUCUCAACGUAAUUGCUUUUGGUGGUGUUUUUUUUUUUUUUUUGGCUUUCUCUUUUUUCAUGUGUUUGGCUUUUCACUUUGUUGUUUUGUCCCUUGUGUUUCUUUCUUUUCGUUUCUUGAUUAUUAGUGAGACUUUAUGAAUGAUAAUUUCUUUUUAGCUCUAUACAA